AUGAAACGUAUUAUUGAUGAUAUUAUUAAUCAAAUUUCACCAGUGAAACGUUUUCGUAGUAGUGUAACUUGUUUACUUGAUUUACCAAAUGAAAUUCUUCUGAUGAUUUGCCGUUACUUAUCAAUAUAUGAUGUUCUUCAUUGUUUUUAUACACCUGAAAAACCGAAUUCUUAUCUUCAUUGUUGGGUUCAUGAUUAUUAUAAAAAGAUCAAUCUGAGUCUCAUGACAUUGGUCAAAUGCGAUUAUGUGUUCAAUUUAUUUUAUCAUUCAGACAAUCUUCUUCGACCUAAACUAUUAAUAUUAAGUAAUGAAUAUAGGUUCUCUUCAAAUGGACAUUAUUUUUUCCAUUUACCUGAUAAUAUAAUUCAAUCAGUAUUGCUUCAGUUGACACAUCUUACUUUAAUCAAUUGUACUUCAACUGAUCUUCAUUCUAUCAAGAAAUACUAUAAAGACUCCACAAAACUUGAAUGUCUUUAUGUCAUUAAUCCCAAACGUGAUACAAAUAUAGAUAAAUGUGAUCAAUUAUUCAAUGAAUUAUUAUUUACUGGUCAAAUGUGUACUCUGCAUACAGUUACUCUUGAAUCAUUGAAUGGACUUUCAUUAUAUAGAUAUUUAAAACCCCAUCAGGGUCUUCGUCAUUUUAAUAUUAUCUUACAAACAAUUGAUGAUUUAUAUAUAUUACUCAAUGGACUUGUACCAAACAUCGAAACACUCAUGGUUCAAUUGCGUCAAUCACGUCUAUCAAACUUUGGUGGUGAAUGGAUAAUUACAAAGAAAUGGGGAAUUAAUGACAUGCAGCCACGAGCCGUAGAAACUUGGAUUGGAAACACAAUUGGUACUGCUGGUGUCUUUCCAAUUAUCAUGUAUACCGAUAAGAAAACUGGUCAUUUCUUAGGAUUAGACAAACUUGAUGCAGCACCAACGCUGAAAACGGGCGCCACAUUUUGGUUUACGGAUCAUGGUAAUACAACGCCAAGAACUAGCAUCGAAGCCUAUCACCCAAAUGUUGUAGAAGCUGGAUGCGUUAAAACUAUAACUGAAUGGAUGGGUGUUGAAAACAAUGCUGAUAUUGGUUUGAGAUUUGACUAUAUUCUAAUCAUGUUUCCUUUCUUUGUUUUUAAAUAUCUUUCGAAUGUAGAUCUAGAACUUUUCUAA